AUGCGGUCUACCCAACACAUCACCGGGGAAAAACUACCUGCCCUCCAGGACACAUACAGCACCCAAUGUCACAGGAAGGCCAAAAAGAUCAUCAAGGACAACAACCACCCAAGCCACUGCCUGUUCACUCAGCUAUCACCCGGAAGUCUGGUCUCCCAGAGGUUUCAAAGCACCUUGGUGGUGGCAGAGCACAACAAUGACAAGCUGACCCCCAUUACACUGAGUGCUAUUACUGCAGCCAAGAAACUAGGAGGAGACGUGUCCUGUUGCACAGGAAGUCAGCAAAGUCCUAGGUGUGAAGACAGUCUGAUUGCUCAAAAUGAUGCUUACAAAGGCUCUCUGCCAGAGGAAUUGACUCCACUUAUACUGGCAACCCAGAAGCAGUUCAUCUUCACCCAUAUUUGUGCUGGAGCUUCUGCAUUUGGGAAAAAUCUCCCCCCCAGAGUGUCUGCCAAGUUGGAUGUUGCUCCUAUUUCAGACAUUAUUGAGAUCAAAUCCCCUGACACCUUUGUCAGAACCAUCUAUGCCGGCCCCAGAGUCUGCAACACCACUGAGCAAGGGGCACCACCAAGCAAGCGGCACCAUGAAAACCAAGGAGCUCUCCAAACAGGAAAUGCUCUCAGCACUGCCAAGUGUAAUGACAAUGUCAAGGUUUUCACUGUCAGAGGGACAUCCUUUGAGCCCACUGAGGUGGAUGGAGGCAGUGCUACAUCAGAGGAAGUUGCUGCGUCUGCUUCCGCUGGGAUGUCUGAGUGGCCGGAAGCAACCUUGACCAAGAGUGACUUUCCAGAGCUGACCAGUGCUAAGGUUGUGGUGUCCGGAGGAAGGGGACUGAAGAAUGGAGAGAACUUCAAGCUGCUCUAUGACCUUGCUGACAAAAUUAAUGCUGCAGUUGGUGCUUCCAGAGCUGCUGUGGAUGCUGGAUAUGUCCCCAAUGACAUGCAGGUUGGACAGACUGGCAAGAUCGUGGCCCCCGAGUUGUACAUCGCUGUUGGCAUCUCUGGAGCUAUUCAACAUCUGUCUGGGAUGAAGACUAUUGUUGCCAUUAACAAGGACCCAGAGGCUCCCAUCUUCCAGGUGGUUGACCAGGGUCUGGUGGCUGAUCUCUUUAAGUGUCAGUACUUUACAUGCUUAGCUGCCCUCUACUGUCUGGCUGGCACAUAUGGCCAGUGUGCCAGAGGGAUGACAAACUCUUGGACAAGAGGGCCUUUGCUUUCGGUGAAAGAGAAGGAGCUUUUAUUUUUUCUUGUGCUGUGCCUGAGAUGACUGCAGCAUUGAACAAGUAAGCCAGCGUUCAGCUAAGCAGCCAUCCCACCACUCUUACCUGGGUACUAAGACUGUAACCACGGAUACAACUCUCCUACAACCUCUGCCUUAAAUGGUUUCUGGAGCUGCUACUAUCAUCAUUAUCACCGUUGCUACUGUUAUCAUCAUUGUACCUAAAUGGCAACAGAAUAACACUCUCAGUUUACAAACUGUCUUUUUAUGUACGUAGGUAGGAAAAUGCCACAAAUAAUGUUUUGCUUACCUGGCGUAGGUGAUAUUUUUAUCCCUAUUAAUGCAUAUUUUGUAUUUAACGUAGCAUCACAAAGGUCAUCUUCGGGAAGUCUAAACCUGCCUCUUCACUUAUUAACUUUUUUUUUUAUACCAAAAGCUCUUGGUAUAAUGAUGAAACUGACUGUAAAUGACUGUUCUUUUACCAGGUUUGCCUUUGAAUUGCUUUUACUCUGCAAUGAAUUCCCUUCAUGAUCAACUUACAAAAUGCCUGUUGACAUUAAAGUGCACAGGGUUAGUUUGCCAUAUCGAAGGUUUAUCCUAUAAUACGUUUUCUUCUGAUAACACUUUGCACAACUUCAAUUACAAAACCCUCCAGAUUUGGUAGCUGAAAUGUU